AUGUUAACAUUAGGGCAGAUGGAUGGCACCCGGCAGACCGCUUUCCUCCUAAGCAGCCCACCCCUGGCAGCCCUACACAGCAUGGCAGACAUCAAAGCCCCUCUGUAUCCUGCUUAUAAUCUCCCUGCUCAGGCGUGUUCUUCAUCCUCUUCUUCCUCCUCAUCAUCUUCGUCUUCAUCUUUGUGCUCUUCGCCAUCACCACCUCUGGGCUCCCCAAUACAUAUCACACACAAGCACUCGUCCUCGUUUCCCCCUUCUAGUGGAGGGCUUUCUUCUCUGGGGACACCUCCCCCACAUAUUUCCGCAGCCACCCCUCAUGGUAUCAAUGAUAUUUUAAGUCGCCCCAUAGUUUCCUGCUUGCCCUCUUUGGCUCUCACCACCUCCACCUCGGCCUCCUCAGCUGCAUUGGCCUCUAGCUCUUUACCUGCCGGACUCUUGUCUGGGUUACCCAGAUUUAGCAGGCUGAGCCCGCCUCCGCCCCCACCUCCUGGUCUCUACUUCAGUCCCAGCGCUGCAGUGGCUGUUGCACGGUACUCCAAGCCACUGACCGACUUGCCAGGAAGGACUCCUAUCUUCUGGCCCGGAGUGCUGCAAAGUCCGCCCUGGAGAGAUGCUAGGCUUGCCUGCAGCCCCCAUCAGGGCUCUGUGUUGCUAGACAAGGAUGGGAAGAGGAAACACACCAGGCCCACUUUUUCUGGGCAACAGAUCUUCGCUUUGGAGAAGACUUUUGAACAAACGAAAUACCUAGCAGGGCCAGAGAGAGCCCGACUCGCCUAUUCCCUGGGCAUGACCGAGAGCCAAGUGAAGGUAUGGUUCCAGAACAGGAGGACUAAAUGGAGGAAGAAGCACGCAGCUGAGAUGGCCACAGCUAAAAAGAAGCAGGACACAGAGACUGAGAGGCUGAAGGGAGCUUCUGAUAAUGAGGAGGAAGAUGAUGACUAAAACAAACCUCUGGAUCCCAACUCAGAUGAUGAAAAAAUAACCCAGCUCCUGAAGAAACACAAGUCAAACAGCGCCAUACUUCUUCAACAGUAUGAAAAUGACAGCUCUUCUUAGGCUGAACCUUGUACAAUUGGCAGGGACAAUGGCUGUCAAUUUGAAUGGAAGGGACAGGGCUAUUAAAGCUUCAGAGCUAUACCCUCUCCUACACUAACAGCACUGCGCAUCUAGGGCUAUUAAAGCCUCAGAGCCUACCCUUUCCUGCACUCACAGCACUGCGCCUCUAACAGGGCCAAAUAAGACUUUUUAUUUUCAAAGAUAUAUAUAUAUAUUUUUCUAAACAUCAAGGCUAUGGAAAAAAAUACUUUUGCAACGUCAAAAUGAUUCUCACACACACGGACACGGUUCCAUCCACGAAGGCACAUCUCCACACCUUUUGUGUGCUUGCCUGUACCAGAGGACACAAAAUGGUCCAGUCGCACUUCUCUCAAAGGAGCAAUCAUGGGACCUGAAAAAAAAAGUAUGAGAACUGGGCAGCCCCCGAAAUAGCCGAACCGUGGAAGGAUAUUCUAAAUAACUUGUAAACGAGGCAGUCGAGGAAAUUUUCAGUAAAUCUUGACCCUUAUCAUUUUUGCUUCCGUCCAAUGAAGCAUAUAUUCAAAAAAUAGCGUUAUGGUAAAUGAAAGGGUUUCACGCAGAAGAUAGCUGCAAAAUAUUUCAGUGCUUUAUUUGUGUCACGAC